GCCCACGGCCGCCCGAUCUUUAACGGGCCUCAUGGCCCCCACGCUCCAUCAGCCCCCCUUCUCUCCUCGGCCCCUCCUCUCUCAUCUGCUCCGCUAACACUUCCCCCUCCUYCSUCUCAGCCAAUGAAUGUGCAAGGUCUGCAACCUCCGCUCUUGCAGGCUCCAGCUGCGGCUUCCUCCAACGCAAUCGCUCCGGUAGCCUCAACUGCGAUCGUCCCAUACCAGCCACCUCGCGGGGCUUUCGGCGGAACGAAUGGUCGGGGAUGGAACAGACCAAGGGACGUAGGAUCGGAAGGCGAGGCUAUGAUGAUCUUACAGGAGCUAUGGAACGAUCGGCGCGAAGAGACGGAACAACGACAGGAAAAAGAGGAUCGGCGGAACAUAGAGGAGCAAGCAAGGUUGGCACGGGAAGAAGACGAGCGACGUGCCAAGGCUGAAGAAAAGAAGGAAGUAGAGCGGGAGGCGAGAAUGACACGGCUCUUUAGGAAGCAAAUGGAGGAGAUGGAGGCGAAGAAGAAAGGCGCCUCCGGUGAAUCUAGCACGAAGGAUUGGGAGAAAUUAGAGAAAAUAGAAAAACCUCCCAAGGAUGGGGAGGGUGGAAAGAAUAGCGAGAAUGUAGACAAUCGAAAGAGGGAUCAGGUCGCCAUGGCAGGCGAUCACUCUGCUCCUUUGCAACAAUCGGCAGGGAGACAACUGGUGGGAAGCGAGGCAACCCCGUUAAUUACUGGUCUGCUCCGGAUGGACCUCGAUAACGUGAGGAAGGCACAAGAUGCCCAUUCCCUGCUUUUCCAGAAGAUGCUUAACUGCCUGAAGACCAUCAAGGAACACGGUGCGGCGCUCCUUACCCCACGUGCUGUCGCAUCAACUGUCCCUCAGUUUCCCCCACACCAUGCCUACCCCGCCCCCCACCAUCAUGCCGCUCCUCCUCCUCCUCCUCCUCCCCCUCCCCCUUCUCACGUUCCUCCUCCUCCCCCCGCAGAUCCUGUCCAGCCGCCCAUCCCUGCGCAGCAACCUUCUGCCCCACCAGGUGUCCAACCCACUCCACCCCCUCCUAUGCCUGCUCCCUCUGCGCCGAAUUCUCCCCUUCAAGUUGCCCCUCCCCCUCCUCCACCUCCCCAGGCCCCUGUGUCUCGAAGAACGUGCUCGGCGACGAAGCCCKGGCCUUCAAGGACCAGGAGUGAACAGCCYGGGACUCCUGUUGGCCAUGGCUUCUCUGCGCACUUUGCUGGGAUAUUCGCAUUGGUGGCUGGGAACGGACCAAGAARAAGAUCCUUGGGAAUCACCAUCAACGAGGGGGCUUCGCAAGACAUGGGGUUCGAUCGUAUCCAUCGAGGAAAGAAGGCAGUUGUCGCUGGUCCUAACAAAGAGGGACACAAGAAGUAUAUCAAGGACCUGAUUGAGGAGCUCAUGGUGAAGACCAAGCACGAGUUAGAAGAGCUUUGUAAGAAGGAUCGUAUCAAGUAUGUGAACAAGAAGAUCACUACUGCUGCUCUGGCUAAGCUACACGCUAUUGACGCUUAUGGUGAGGAUAAUGAUGAUGAACUCUCCGAGGAAGAACCUCAAGAGGAGAACCCCUCUUGAUAAUCUGGUGACCUACCUUCYUCCUCGACCUCCCUUGAACGUAUAAGAGAACGAAGGAGGAAUGAAGGGUGGCAAGGGAA